AUGGGCUGUUUGAUGGCCAAUCCGCCGGUAAUUGAUUUUUCCCAUAACAUGCGUGUAUUGAAAUUACCGAAAAAUACCCGAAUCGGUACAGUUAUCUACAGGAUUAAGGGUACCGAUGCCGACAACGAUACCAUUGAGUUUGGUGUCCGCGGAAAUAUUGGCAACCAUUUGGUUUGGUUUCAAAAUGUUAGCUUUUAUGAGGCGGACGUCUACUUGAAAAACCCAUUACAAGAUAAUGAAUAUAAGAUAACACUUUACGCUAGCGAUGGCCGCGAAGUUACCGAAAUCGAGUCGACAAUACUGGCCAUCGAUACUAAUAAUACUCAAAUUGAAUCGCCAUUUAUUCCGUCGGAUAAUAUCAUUAAAAUACCGGAGGAUAUCAAAACUAAUCAAACAAUUGCUACAAUCAGUGUUAAACAAAAACAAAACAGUAAUAUUCCGGCAACUUUUGAAUUAAGGGGUUCAAAUAAAUUUGCAAUUAAAUAUAUAUUUGGACCAUCAGGCACCAGUAAUGCUGAAAUUUAUUUGCUUGAAACAGUCGACUAUGAAAAACAAAAUCUAUAUGUUUUGACAAUUGUUGCACUGAAUUGUUGGACUAAUGAAACAUUUGAUACAAGAAAUAUAGCCAUCACUGAAAAAGUGGUUGUCAUCACUGACAUACCCGACAGUCCACCAGUUUUCAUGGGUUUGCCAAAUGUUGUCAAAAUUGGUGACAACACUAAAGUUGGAAGUAUUAUCUUAAAUAUCAGUGCAGAUGACGGCGAUUAUGGUAAUAGUCGUAACAUUAGCUAUGAAAUCGAUAGAAGAUCACCACUAGUAUCAUACUUUGGCAUCGAUCACAUCAAAGGGAUGAUUGUAUUGAGACGUCCCAUCGAUGACAUCAAACAAGAAAUCGGUAUCAAAGAACCGCUUAUAUUGAAGGUAUGGGCCGUCGAAAUGGUCAGUCCCAGUGACCACACACCAGCCCUGUCUACCGAAGCCUACAUAGCKCUGGUCAUUGUGUCGACCGAUAAUCGRCGGCCUGUUUUCAAAAGUGAUAAUCUAGUCGGCAGUAUCGAUGAAAACAGUCAACAUAUGACACCCGUUACGUGGACUGGUAUGAGUGUACCCCAAGUGUCCGAUCCGGAUCCGGGACUUAACGGUACAAUCGGUUUGUUUAUUGACGACCCGUCCGAUACAUUCAUGAUUCAGCCCCAGAAAGGUAUCAACGAUAUUAUCUUCUCGAUUGUGGUAAAGGAUACCACAAAACUUGAUUACGAGUCCAGUGUCGACAAAAAAUUUAUAAUUAAAAUUACAGCCAAAGAUCAGUCGCCAUAUUUAGCAUUAAAUGCAACCAUAUUUUGCACAAUUUAUUUAAACGAUAUGAACGAUAAUGUGCCACAGUUUAGCCAAAAAGUAUACGAAGCGCACAUACCUGAAGACAUUGGUCCCGGAGCUACUGUGGCCAGGAUUGAGGCCACAGAUGCCGACAAAAGCGGUGACUACGGCAUUGUCCGCUACACUGCCAUCAAUGGCCCGCUUUCUGAUGAUCUACACCUGGACUCGGAAACGGGAAUCAUUGUAUUGAAAACAAAUGAAAAUAUCGAUAGAGAACUGGUAUCUGAAUAUCGGGUAACCAUUGAGGCCAGGGAUGAUAUGGGUCGCGGYAAUAGAAAUGUUACUGAAUUGCAUAUAAUUAUUACCGAUAAAAAUGAUAACGCACCGGUAUUUUUGCAGCCCCGCUACGAUGCCGUACUAAACCCGGACAGGUUUACAUUUACACAGCCGCUGAUCGUCCGGGCCAUGGAUGCCGACGAAUGGGGAACAGCUAACAGUAGGAUAAGCUACGAAAUAAUUGGCGGUAACUAUCAAAACAAGUUUGUCAUCAACGAUACUACCGGCGAAAUUAGGCUAACGUCAGCACUGGUAGACGAUAUCAAUCCGAAAGUGUCGGCGUCGUCGUCGACGUCUGUAAACAAAUUUAUGCCCGACUUUGUACUGGAUGUCAGGGCUCACGAUCACGGAAUACCYUAUCAGUCAUCUAUAGUACCGGUUUAUGUACACAACCCGGACUUUCUCAAUCGGACAGUUGUYUUCACUAUYGGCGAUACUGUKGAAAAUGUUAGCAAAAGAAAACAAUACAUCGAAAGCGGUAUGAGUGCCCUAAGCGGUUCAAAAGUGCACAUCUAUUCAAUUGGUCCGCACAGGGACAGGGAGAUGACCGAAGUACAGGCAUGGAUGGCCUAUCCAUCACAAUCGGCCGUUGAUUUAAAUAAGACGCCGAUUAUAUUGAGCGAUAUUAUGGGCAAAAAGUAUACAGYAAUUGACGAAAAACAAAGCGAUAGACAACAGCAAGGGUUGGCCACCGCUCAGGUGGCCGGCAAUGACUAUCGGCUGCUCCUAUGGCUACUAAUUAUCCUAAUUUUGGCCACUCUUUGCUUUCUCAUAGCAUUUCUCUUAUGUUGGUUCUGCUGUUGUCGGGACAGAAUUCGAAGACGACAAAAACUUGAAGAAAUUGAUUACAAUUCGCCGAAAAACAAUACAGAAGUAAAAUCAGUAAAGUCUUCGUCGACGACGACUAAACCAAACAAUAAAGACGACAAAUCCUAUCGAAAACUAAGCGAAAGACAGCAAAGAUUUCGCCGAUCAGUACAGGCCUGGAGUGACGACUCGGUUGAUGGCCAACAACAACAGCGCCGACAACAACAGCAACCAAUGAGAAGUGUUUUGAGGCCGUCGUCGGCGCCGAACAAUGACGACGACCUGAAUAGCUAUAGUCGCGGAGUUCGGGCCAAUAGUUCGCAAUCGUUUCCCGACGGUCACUAUCCGAGAGCGGCACACCAUCAUCAGCAACAACAGCACCAGUCAUACCAAUAUCAACCACAACAACAGCGGGUUGUCUACAAAAUGGGUCGAAACAAUCAAAGAGCUCGUGUCGGACCACAAUAUUAUGAUAACUCGGGUUAUGAUCCCAACAACAGUGACGACAUCAGUGGUGUCGCAGCUGCCGAUUACAGGAGUGCCUACUAUUAUAGGUCGCACAACAACACCAACAACAAUAGCAACAAUCCCUAUCAUCAUAUGACCAGUUUUAAGGGCUUACCGCCGGUGAUGACCACCAAUAAUAAUAAUAUGGGACAAAAAUAUGAGCGCACAGUAGGAGAAGCCAAUGAGCAACACUAUCUUAUAGACGAUGAUCUCAGCGAACCGGUUGUCAAUCGCCGACCAGCCGUUCAUAAUCAGCCRUCAUUGCCAYCAUUURUCGCACAACAACCUAAACGUACGGAAAUACUUUAUAUACAGAGCCCGGCGGCAACAGUUGGGCCGUUGCCGCCGCCGCUGCCGCCACCACCGCCUCAGUCAGAGGAUGUACUGUUGAGAAGUAUUAGCGAAACUGAUAUACCAUAUGAUGGACAGCAACAACAACAAUAUCUAUCGGACGAUAUCGGGGACAGACAUAGAGCACACUUAAAGGCCAAACAACUGCAACAACAACAACUMCCACCGCAACAGCUACUGUCCCAACAACARCARCAACAUCAGCGACACAUCUAUUUUCCCGAUCAUAAUGUCGCUGAUAUGACAAUACCAGAGGAAUCGGUAGUUCCCGGAAUGAUACCAAUUGGUGAUCUACAACAACAACAACAACAGCAUCAUCAGCAGCUAAUACCGGUGCCAACCGUAACGUUUGCACCACAACAACAACAAGCUAGUGAUGUUAGACCUCAUCCACAACAACAACAACAACAAUCAUUUAGUUCAGGUCGUGAUAAUAGCAUUGAAAAUCAAUGAAAACACAAAAUUCAUUAAAACUU